AUGAAGAGCCCAAACAUGGAGACGUUCAAGCAGCAGGAGGUGGAGGACUUUUAUGACAUCGGGGAGGAGCUGGGGAGCGGCCAGUUCGCCAUCGUGAAGAAGUGCCGGGAGAAGAGCACGGGGCUGGAGUUACGCGGCCAAGUUCAUCAAGAAGCGGCAGAGCCGGGCCAGCCGGCGGGGCGUGUGCCUGGAGGAGAUCCAGCGGGAGGUGAGCAUCCUGCGGCGGGUGCUGCACCCCAACGUCAUCAAGCUGCACGACGUCUUCGAGAACCGCACCGACAUGGUGCUCAUCCUCGAACUGUGA